AUGAGAUUUAGCCUCUCAGUUUUGACAGCCAUUGUAGCUGUUCUUUCCGGUGUUUCUGCGGAAGAGUAUUCCUCAUCUGAAGAGUGUCAGGUUAAUUAUCAUACAGUGACAUCCAUCGAGUAUGUGUACACUUCAUUGCCUGUUGAGACAACCAAGAAAACCACUUCAAGUUCCACCUUCAGUCCCACUUCAACAAUAAGUUCGCAGAAUGAAGCUUCCGCUACGUUAAGUUCUGCUUCAAGCAUUGCUUUAAGUGGCCCUUCUAAUAUUGCGUCGAGCCAGAUCUCCAGUACGUUGGAUGCUCAGAGUACCACUCCUAUCGUCACUCCAACUGCAACAUCGUCGAUCUUGAGCUCAUCUCCUUUGUCUUCAAUUACGACGUCCACAUCUCCACUACCUACAUCCACAUUACCUACAUCCAAAUCCACAUCUAUAUCCACAACAUCCAAGUCCACGAUAUCUACAUCUAUAUCAUCCAUAUCCCCUGUUACAUCAUCCCCUGUUACAUCAUCCACACCAACAUCAUCCACACCUACAACAUCCACACCUAUCUCUACUUCAAGCGUCUUCAGCUUUGAAGACGUUUACCUCGAUAGACACAACUAUUACAGAAAUCUUCACGUGGACACUCCAGCAAUGUCAUGGGAUGACGGCGUUGCCAAUGUUGCCCAGACAUACGCUGACUCUUAUGAUUGUGAUGGUGUUUUGACUCAUUCAGGAAAUAGUUACAAUGGAAGUUCACUAGGAGAGAAUUUGGCCUACGGUUAUGACUUUUACGAUGCUGGUGCUGUCGAUGCUUGGUACGAUGAGAUUUCCAACUAUAAUUAUUCAGAUCCUCAAUUUGCAGAGGACAAUGGACAUUUUACGCAAUUAGUGUGGAAAUCCAGUACCCGACUUGGCUGCGGCUAUAAGUACUGCAGCCCUACCUACGGUUAUUACAUCGUGUGUAAUUAUCAACCAGCAGGUAACGUGAUUUAUUCGGGUGACGAAUAUAAGCUUUUCAAAGAGAACGUGUUGCCUUUGAAGUCUUCAAGCUGA